AUGGAAUAUAGUUGGCUAGUCAAAAUGGAUAGAGAAUUACAUUAUGGAUGCAUUGAUUCCUAUGGUAAUUUAACAGCAUAUGAAUCCAACGGUACAUGCCGUAAAGCAGCUUAUGUAACAGCACUUUACUAUACAAUGAGUUCAUUAACUAGUAUCGGUUUUGGUAAUGUUGCUGCUAAUAGUGAUAAUGAGAAAAUAUUUACAUGUGUUAUGAUGCUUAUUGGUUCAUUACUAUAUGCAACAAUAUUUGGUAAUGUAACAACUAUAUUUACACAAAUGUAUUCAGCAACUGCAAGAUAUCAUGAAAUGUUGAGUAGUAUUCGAGAAUUUAUGCGUUUACAUGGUAUGCCAAAUCAAUUGAAUGAACGUAUUAUGGAUUAUGUUGUAUCAACAUGGGCAAUGACUAAGGGUAUUGAUGCAACUAAAGUAUUAAAUUAUUGUCCGAAAGAUAUGCGGGCCGAUAUAUGUGUACAUAUGAAUCGCAGCGUAUUCAACGAACAUCCAGCAUUUCGUUUGGCUAGUGAUGGUUGUUUACGUGCAUUAGCUGUUCAUUUUCAUAUAAAUCAUUCUGCACCUGGUGACAUGUUGUAUCAUUGCGGUGAAAGUCUUGAUAUGUUAUGUUUUAUUGUAUCGGGCUCAUUGGAAGUUAUACAAGAUGAUGAAGUUUUAGCUAUACUUAGUACAAAUGAUGUAUUUGGCGAUGAUUUUUGGAGUAAAAAUCGAGAUAAUAUUGGCCAGUCAGCAGCUAAUGUUCGUGCAUUAACCUAUUGCAAUUUACAUCAAAUACGACGAGAACGUUUACUUGAAGUAUUAGACUUCUAUCAUCCAUUUAGUAUUUCAUUUGCUCGAAAUAUGGUGCUUACAUAUAAUUUAAGACAUCGUGUUGUGUUUCGUAAAAUAGCUGAUGUUAAACGUGAACGUGAAUUAGCUGAAACAAGAAAAAAUGAAGGUUUCGAUCAGAUCAGUUCUGAUCAUCCUGUACGAAAAUUAAUAUCGAAAUUUCGUAAAAUUUCACAAGAAAAUCGUACUAAUUCACAAAGCAAUUCAAAUAUAUCAUUAUUAGGAUCAUUGAAUUCAACAUUAAUACAAUCACCGUCAUUACCUGUAAUACCAGAAACAAUUAUACAACCGCCUAGCGCAGAACCGAUGGAUUCUUCAUCGACAAUAACUAUAGCUCCGUUAACAUCUCUUCAACUUCUACAAUUGCCCAAUUCAUCAUCCAAUAAACAACGAGAUAAAUUAGAAACAAUAUCGGAACGUAUUGAAACACAAGGUUCUCAAAUUUCACAAAUAACAUCUGUUAAUCAAAGUCCACCAUUACAACGGCCACCAAAAUCUAGUAAAUGGAAAUGGUUAAUGACUGGUUCAGUAGAGCCUGAUAAUAACACAUCAGCAAAACCACUUCUUCCAAAUACUAAAAUAGCAUCAGCACCACAAGCGCUUAAAAAAACACCUGCGAAUCCAUUCGAUCAAAGAUUAUCUGAUGAUGAUGGACCAACGAAAAUUGGCGAGGGUAAUGAAAGAAGACAAUCUAUUCCACUGAGUUUAUUUAUACCAAGAGUAGUUCAACAUACAAGUUCAAAAAUAUUAAACGAAGAAAUCAAUGAUUCAAAACAAUUAGAAGACUCGCAUUCUGAUAUAAACUUAUCGUUUACACCAUAUCGUAGUGCAUCAACACAAUUUAGUGAUCAUCAAUUACUAUCAUCAUUACUAGAAAUAAAACAUGAUUUAAGUACCGAAGUACGAACAUUAACUAAACGUAUGUCGCACAUUGAUGAGCAGAUUGGUCAGAUUUUUAAUUUUCUUUCACCACUUAAUACAUCAUCGGCAACAAAUGAUUUACCGAAAAUUCCAAAAAUAGCCUCAUCAUCACCAACACUAUCAUAUACGCCACCUAAACCUCCGAGUCCUACUCCAACAACAUCAUUAUUACAAUUAAGUGGAACAGUAUCACAUGAUACAAAUACCAGUUCUAUUUCGACAUCACCAUUAUUUGAGACACCGUCAUUCUAUUCGAAUGUAAAUGCCAAUAUGUCAUUAUUUGAUGAUAAUCGACCAUUAGUAGAAACAAAAGACGUACAUGAUCUUUCUAGGCAAUCGAGAACUACUGAACGAUCAAUGGCAACAUCACCAAUUCAUCAAAUCAGUUACGAUGCUACUACAUUGCCAAUUCCAUCAUCAACAUCUGUUUAUAAUCGUUCAGCUAGCUCAUCGAUUGUUAGUCUAGGUGCCUCGACAACAUCUCGUAGUUCAAUAUCAAAUAAAAUAGCGCCAGCGCCAGCACCACCAUCACCUGUUAAUCCAAAACAUCCAUUAAGUACUAAAUUUCAACCUAUAUCAAAUACACGUUAUAAUCCAGGCCGUUCACCGAAACCAAAAAUUCGGUCUCAUCAUAGUCGAUCAAGUAGUAAACAUCAACAACCAGAGAAAUCAACAAUUAUUGAACUUGAAUCUCUAACACAAGAAGAUCUCUCUAAUAAAAAUGCUCCACUCUUAGCAACUAGUAAAAAACCACCAACGCCAACAACAAAAGCAAGUAGUAACGUUUUUCGUCGUUUCUUACCAAGUGGUAGUAGCACAGAAAAAGCCUCAAUGCUAUCAUCACCAUCAACUCUUCUCUAUCCACCGACAAGUGAUGAUGAACAUCCGAUGAGUCCUGCUAGUUCAGGCAAUGACGAUGAUGAUUACCGAUUACUAGCAUCAGCAUCUAGUAAGUAUGAUCAUCAAACAUCUCUAUAA